CCCGGCUCCGCCGGCCAACCGCAGCCUGACUUCAGCGCUCCCAGUUUUGGCCGACUCCGCAGCCCAUCGGCCUUUCGCGCCGCCAUGGAUCUCACCGCCAUCUACGAGAGCCUCCUGUCGCUGAGCCCUGACCUACCAUCUGACAACGGAGAGACCGAGUCCAGCCCAGGCUGGGCCUCCUCCAGGCUCUGGAGCCUCAGCUCAUCCGACAGCAGCCUGGCUGGGGUGGGUGCCCGCCUGCCUGGCCGCUCCACCAGCCUGGUGGAGGGUCGAAGCUGUGGCUGGGUGCCGCCACCCCCAGGCUUCGCCCCCCUGGCUCCCCGCCCAGGCCCUGAACUGUCGCCCUCACCCACCUCACCUACUGCAACCCCCACCACCUCAUCCCGGUACAAGACUGAGCUAUGUCGGACCUUCUCAGAGAGUGGGCGCUGCCGCUAUGGGGCCAAGUGCCAGUUUGCCCACGGUCUGGGUGAGCUGCGCCAGGCCAGCCGCCACCCCAAGUACAAGACCGAACUCUGCCACAAGUUCUACCUCCAGGGCCGCUGCCCCUACGGCUCACGCUGCCACUUCAUCCACAACCCCAGCGAAGAUCUGGCCGCCCCAGGCCACCCCCAUGUGCUGCGCCAGAGCAUCAGCUUCUCGGGCCUGCCCUCCGGCCGCCGAACGUCACCACCACCAGCAGGCCUGCCAGGCCCUUCCCUGUCGUCCUGCUCUCUCUCUCCCUCCAGCUCCCCACCACCACCACCUGGGGACCUUCCACUUUCACCCUCUGCCUUCUCCGCCGCCCCUGGGACCCCGGUGGCCCGAAGGGACCCCACUCCUGCCUGUUGCCCCUCCUGCCGAAGGGCUACCCCCAGUAGCGUCUGGGGGCCCUUAGGCGGCCUGGCUCGGAGCCCCUCUGCACACUCCCUGGGAUCUGAUCCUGACGAAUAUGCCAGCAGUGGCAGCAGCCUGGGGGGAUCCGACUCACCUGUCUUCGAGGCUGGGGUUUUUGGGCCACCGCAGCCGCCUGCAGCCCCCCGGCGACUCCCCAUCUUCAACCGCAUCUCCGUUUCUGAGUGACAAGUGCCCGCCCAGUACAGAUCAGCUGGAUCUCAAGGGGGCCAUUUCUCUUUUGCCGCGGGCUCCACAGGGGCCCCCGGGGCUGUGGGAAACUGCGGGACUCAAUCAAGUAGCCUCCCCCCCCUACUUUCCAAAGUGCAUUAACCCACUCCCCUGACCCCACACUGGGGCAGGUCCCCAGUGUGCAAGCUCGGUGUUCAUGGUGUUGGGGGAAGGAGAGUUUUCCGGGGUCUUGUAAAAAAAAAAAAAA